UUCUUCUUCGUUCGUUAUUUGUCAUGAAAUUAUAAAAAGGGGCACUGGUUUUAUCCCUGUUUGUGGCGUUACUUUUAGGUAACUGCGCAGGAACCACCCUGAAAAUUAAACAAUGGAAGGGAAACGAGGAUGGUGGCUGAUCAACAUGCGCCGCUGCAUGCCUUAUGUUGUGAUCAGUUCGUGACACAUUUCAAGAUUUUCGACGAGGAAGCCUCUUCAUGUUUUAUCGUAAAAGUCAACUUGAUGGCGUAAAGAUUGCUUGAAAUUCAAUUUUCUAAUAACGAUAGUUGCGUAAUAUUGGAAAAUGACUUCUAAUGGUAAAUCCAUGAGAUUGAAAUUGGUAUUGGAGAUGAUUGAUAUAAUGUAGGCCCGAGGAGGAUUCAUUCAUCUCACACAAUAAACUAUCACCGACGGCUGUUACUAUCCCGCGAGGUUACUAACUAAGUGAAUACAAUUUGAAGUGUUUUAUUCAGCAAGAACCAUGUUUAUGUCAACGAGAUACAAGAAGAAAGAUCCUGAAUGGAGAAAGAAGUUGCUAUUUAGCAUGGACGAUUCCUUGGCGAAGUUAUUGGAGUGUAUGUCGAUAGAAUACAGUGUAAGCAAGCUCAUCAGUCCCAAGUGGAAAAACUUUAGAAGCCAGAAGUUCAGAUUUGAGUCAAAAACAAGGAUAAACAAUGCCAUCUGGAGAUGCUGGCAUAUUCAAUACAAAGAACAAAAGAGACCAAUAUUUUUCAAGUUUGACAUGCCCUUCUCAGAUCAAACUGUUCACAGUACACCUCAGGCUGUAAUCCUGGAUGGAAAGACAUGGAAAAGAAGACUUGACAUUGUUUCCAGAGAGUACAAAAAAUGGAGAAAAUUCUACAAUUUCAAGAUUCUGAAAGGAGAUACAGAGGAAACAGAAAAUUUGAAACAGCUAUCAAAUAAUUCUGAGGAUGAGUUUACUAGUGAUGAGGAAGAAGAUAAUGAUAAAAAGAAACUCAGGGUUUCACCCACAAAGACAGAUGCAAAAGCACCAGUACCUGCUCAGAAGCUGUUUGAAUCAACAAAUUUAGAACUAGAUACAUUUUUAGCAGAUUUACCUGAUACCCUGUUUUCAAGCAUCCGACCUCCAACUGUUGAAAAUUCACUUGGCCUGACCUUUUCGGAUUUAUCUGAUAUGAUCCAACCCACCCUGGAUCAACUCAACCCAUGUUUCGACGAACUUUUACAGAAUUUCGACUUUCUCACAAGUGAUAGUGGGGCUUUACAGAAUAAUGCACGGUCGCUUGCCACGGUUGGACAGCAAAUGGUAGCCCCUCUGCAAGAGGUGAUCAACAUCCAACACAACGGGGGACAGCUGCAGCAAGGCUUGCUAAAUACAGACCAGAUGUAUGGUGAUACUUUAGGAUCAGCUUCUACGUACCUGUACUCUUCAGAAGUUCUUUAUACUCCAAACCCAAGUGCCCCUUUGCAAAAAGCAGACUCAAGCAUGGAAAAUUUCACGUCGAUGCUAUCUGACGAUAGUUCAGAUCAAGGCCUACAAUUUAGAAUGUCAACAAAAAAAUCGUCUGAGAAAAGGGCAAUCUCUGAAACAAUUGAGGAUAUCACAACCUCGUCGCCGCCAAGAAAAAUCAUGGUGAAAGAAGUAGAUAGAACAGCGCAGUUUUUAAAUGAUAAGUAUUUGCAGAAGGAUCUUGUACAAGACCCUACAGUCUGUCAGGGUUCUAUACAGCAAACCCUUUUCAGUGGAAAGAAUGAUCUUGGAAGUAGAGGAUCACAUUUCGAAACCCUGCUCUCUAAUGCAAUGGGCUCAUCGCCCAGUCAGGCUGCUUCAUCUUCAACUGCUAUUGAAAGUGCAGCCAGUGCUGUUUUGAGAACCGAUGCUAGAAAUAAAAAGGUGGGCAAUAAUCCAUCUGCUAAGAUUGCUGAAGACAGUGCUACCCAGAUACUACAACGUAAGAUGUUGGUCAACCAAACUGCCACAACCAAAGUUGUAGAGUUUGCUGAGCUUCCCCCGCAGCUUCAAGCUCCAAAUCUUACCGCCCACCUUCAAGCAGUCAUGUCGACAAGGUCGAAGAACCCAUCCUUACCCCGAAAUAAGUCUGAUACGCAGCUCAGUUCCUUAGAAGAAAAGUUUGUGUCUCCUUACACGGUAAGAAACACAACCAUUCGGAGAGAGAGCACCGUUGCAUUGGCAACUCGUACUAAACGAAACGUAGCCCGUUUACCAAGGAAUAUGUCCGACACCAAUCUGGUCCAAAUGGCAAAAGAUUCUUCUAAAGUGCUGGCAAGACGCCGCUUGUCAUCAAUCAGUGUUGACAGCAAGCCUCUUAUUUUGCCAAAAAACUUUUCAGAUUCAAAUCUAUGUGCUUUAGGGCGUGGCACUCACAGACGACCUCAGCCUAUACUGCCAAAAAACCUUAUCGCAAUCGUGCCGCCAGCGCCAGCUAGAAUAACUUCUGGCAUAUCGAGGGUGUCUUUUAGCCAGGUUGACACUAUUGUUGCCCAGACAACUGUCAGUGGGGGACAGUUUACAACAUUUAUGGUAAGUAAGCAACAGCCAACCAGCACGAAUCCAGUUCAAGUCACACUUUACAUGCCAAAGACUACCAAAGCUGAAAGCGUUUCUGCAACCACAGAACCACCAAAAGCAUCCGAGCAAUGCAUUGCACCUCCACAGAGAGUUGAAGUAAUUCAGUAUAAAGGACAUCAGCUAGAAAGCCAGGGGAAACAACUGAGUGUUGUGCUCCCAUCAGCUACUGUGGCUCCGAGCCUGGCUCUUUCAAAGACACAACAACAAACAACAAGCUUUCAAGCAUCUUUUCAACAGGAUUUGGCACAACAAAGAAUUUCUGUGACAAAUGAAGGAUCUGGAAGUAAGACACAGAGUCAGAUACUUUCUGUCACGGGUAAUGAAAUGCCUUUAACCAGGCCAGGAUUUCAACCAUCAUUAAUCAUGCCAAUGCAGUCGGAACCAGUGAGGUCUAUUGCCAUGACCAGCGUCAUACAAAAGACUUCAACUGUUCAAACGCCGUAUAAUAUAACGACUGACAUUGUUGGUCAUUCCAGCAAAGGCAUCUCAUCGACGGUCCAACAGGUUGCACCUUUGAAUAAUACAAACAUGACGACAGUCGCUGCUGUCGAGCAUAAAGUGCCCGUUGUUAUUCAAGAUUCUGACAAGACUGAGUCGAUUGCACCAUUACAAGGUCUUUCGGAGCAACAACUAGUAAAUUUGGCUCAAAUUCUUCAGGGCUCGAGAACAGGGGCUGUAGAACAGGAAACUACAAUAGCGUAUUUGGAGGUGCUGCAGAAGCAGUUAAACGCUUUACUUGUACAGCAACAAGAAAUGUUAAAGUCGCAGCCGCCCACAUCUGAGAAUAACCAAAUUUCUUCAGCAAAUCCUUCGGGAAGUGUAUUGACAUCAAGCAUCCCAGACAGUCAGUCUUUUGCUAGAAAUGUUUACUCUGCGCCAACAAGCAGCUGUUUAGAUGUACAGCAAAAAGCGCAUACUCCUUCUGUGGAGAAAGUAUCUGCGCCAUUUGCUAGAAUUGCUGGCAGCCAGUCAUUUCAGGUAUCCGGAAUGAGCGAGCAGAAAGUUACGAAUGUUAGCAAGCUUGCGAUACACCCUGAAGCAGAGAUGCUGCUUGAUGGGAACACCCGGUCAACAAUCUCACUCACUAGCUCAAUUCCUAUGAAGAAGCAAAAGCGCCAACAACACAAUCAAUCACAGGCCUCUGCACGAAUCAACCCUGCGCCGCCACCAAUCUCAACUCAAAUAUUUAUGCCAAAAGGGGACAAUUCACUUUCAGUUGGCAGUAGGACUUCAACCAUUGUGGUGCCUGUCCAUGACAAUACUGUCAAUCAAAGUGUCACAUACCAAACUUUGCCAGGUUUGAUGCCCUCGCCUCAGCCUGCAGGUGGGCUGCCACAUCAGACAGUUUUGCAAUUCCCUUACGGCUCCUCCGCAUCGCAGUUGCCAGUCGUCCAGUCUGUUACUGGUUCUGCACAGCAGCAAGUAAUCGUUGGAGUGCAGUCAAGUCCACACUUUUCAACCUUGGACUCAUCUGGAGUGGGUAUAUCGAUUGCUCAAGCGCUGGGCAAUAGCCUUGUUAGCAAUAUAAAAUUUCGAUCUUCAUCAGAGCCGCUGCUUCCUGGGUCUACCACCAUUGCUAUACCAGUUGACAGUACAGUUACAAAGGCGUCUGCAAGGCCUACUAUGGUAGACUUAGCAAUUGCAGCAAGCCAAAGAACAUAUUUGACUGACAAACUCCCAAGUCUCGAGACUAAGACAUUGGAAGGUUCUGCUGCUGCAACCUCUACGUGCCAUCACCAACAAGUUUUAGAACUGAACAGUUUUUUGGAUGACUUGUCAACCUCCGUCGUCAGUUGUGUUGUUCAAGCAAUACCUACGAUUGCUGCGUCAGAUUCCCCAGCAUCUAUAAGAAGUGACGCAAACAAUGCUAAGCGCUCUCGCUUGAGAUUCGAGGACAGAGAAGUUUACAAGGAAUAUCGACGAAAAAACCACGUGACUGCUGAACAGAAAAGACGUGGUCUUAUAAAGGUUGCAUUUGACCAGCUAAUUUCAUUGAUACCAAGUCUUCAAAACGACAAGCAAGGAAGAACAAGCAAAGCUCUUGUCCUCCAAAAAGCUGUCGACUACAUUGACCAUCUUCAAAGGGAGAAGGAGCUAACGAAAUACAAAAUAGAGAAAGCACGCAGAGAAGUCAAUCGACUAAACGAAGAGAUAAAAAUUUGUCAGCAAAAGCUUCCAGCUGGUGGAGCAAUUUCUGAACAGGAGAAUAAUCGUGAUGCAAAGACGUCGUAUUUGGAACUUGUGAGAGGAAGAAUUGUAACAGAUCCAAAAUACUGGCUUUUUUCUGUACUGUUGCGUCCUUUGUUUGAAUCAUACAACAAAAAGACUGUCACUAAAACUUUACAAGAGUUUAUCCAGUCAGUCUUAAAAUGGUUUGAAGAACAUUGCUCACUGCCAGUUCUAAGACCAGCUGUGAUUGGGUCUUUGCGGCAAAUAAGCACAGACACAGCCAUACUGUCAGACCCAGGUUCACUGCCUGACCAAGCCAUGAAAGCAGCAAAUAGCCAAGACCCAACAAUCCUUGGCCCACAUCUGCAGGUAACCACCAAGAGUCAGCAAGUCACUACCAGAGUGCAGAUGCAUCCAGAGGUGCAGGGUUCUACAGUGUCAUCAUUAAUCGGAAGUCAGAAUACAGUUCUCAUACCUACACAGACUGUAAGAUGGCAAACCCAACCACGUCAGUAAGCUCAAUGUAAUAACAAACUGUAAACAUAUGCUUUAGAAAUUGCAACAUGGGUAAAGGUAUUUUAGACUUGGGUUAUUUGUAAUCAAAUUGGUCACCUGAAUCAGGGACCAUGCCACAAAUUGGAAAGGAAGGCUUGGCUUCUUUCACCUUUUAUUGCAACUUUUAAACUAUUUUCUUUGCAAAAAAGUGGGUUGGCCAUGGCCCGCCAGUGUAAUGGGCGCUGUGUAGUAGCUUGUUUGACAAAUAUAAUGGAUUAUUUUUUUCUCAUAUAUACAGAAGUUCUAUACAAAUUGUUGUUAUUGACAUUAAAGGAGUAUUUUGAAGUAAUUAUGAAUUUAUAUCAAAUACUACUGGUUAUAUAUAUAUAUAUAUAUCUAUAGAGUAAAAAGGUUCUUUUGGUGCUUUGCUGUUUGUAUAUAAAUACAGGUUUUUUGGGAUUGACAUUCAGGUAAAGUUAAAGAUCAAUCAAUCAUGAUAUAUGGUAUACCAAGCAGGUUUCCAAAGGUAACUUUUGUUAGCUAAAUGACUACAUUUCUUAUAUUGUAAUCAAAAGUUAUACAAACUAAUUAAAUGAAAUAUGGAGGUUAUAGAAUUCUUGAAAUGCAAAUUUAACUCCAAACAUUCAAGUUUAAGCAACACGACACUUCACUACACAUUCAAGAAUACUGCAUUCUCAAAAUCUUGAUGAUAUUUUUCUUUUAAUUACAUGGAAACUGAAUUAUACAUUUUCUUUCUAAAGAUAAAGUGCUCUGAUUUCCUUUCAAUAAGUUUUCAUUUAUUGAUCUACCUUUUCAAGGUGACAGUAUAAAUUUCUGUUUCUUAUUAUGACCACAUUCUUUACUGUUUCUCAUGUCAAAUGCAAUCUAAUUUCACUUGUCCCAAAUCAAAUCAUUGUCAUUUGACAAGGAAUGGCCUGGAACUAUAUUUUUAAAAUCUCUUCUUUAUUCAAAAUUUCCAGCUGACAAAGCUGACUCUACAUGCUGAGUAUGUUGACACUAUAAAAAAUGACAGGUGCUUUUGACACUGAUGUCAUGAUAAAGUCACUGGGACAUUUUCUCACAGAAAGGUAGAGAAAAGCUUCAGUGCCUAUUCAGUCUAUUGCCAAAAUAACACUAAAAUUUCUGUUU